GUUGUAGAGGGGUGGUCUGCGAGGCCGCGUCUACGUGGGCAGCCUGGACCUAGCGUGCAGCGAUCCCCACUGUGUCUCCAGGGCCAAGUCCGCGGGGUGACUCUCUGAGCCUGCAUCUGUCUAAGCCAGCUAUGCAGGCGCUCGGCCACCUACGUCCCUUCAGCAGAUGCUGUCUGCGGGACUGCAUAGGAGCCCCGCUCACGGUGCCCCGAGCCCCGGCUCUGGGUGGAGGCCGUGUCUAUGCGGAGUGGGCCUGGACGGGUGCACCCACGUGUGGAUCUCGGCGGAGCGCUCCUCCCACGGACCUCCCGUUCCCAGCGAGGUUAUUCAGAAGAUCCACUGACCGAAGUGAUGGAGAGUGGCCCAGCUGUCUGCUGCCAGGACCCUCGGGCAGAGCUGGUUGAUCGGGUGGCAGCCAUCAAUGUGGCCCACUUAGAAGAGGCAGAUGAGGGCCCAGAGCCUUCCAGGAAUGGUGUGGAUCCUCCGGCCCGGGCCAGAGCUGCCUCUGUGAUCCCUGGCAAUGCUUCAAGACCCACCCCAGUGCGGCCCAGCCUCUCAGCUAGGAAGUUCUCCCUGCAGGAACGGCCAGCUGGAAGCUGUCUGGAGGCCCAGGUCGGGCCUUACUCUACAGGACCUGCCUCUCACAUCUCUCCUCGGGCCUGGCGGAGACCCACCAUCGAGUCUCACCACGUGGCCAUCUCAGACACGGAGGACUGUGUGCAGCUGAACCAGUACAAGCUGCAGAGUGAGAUUGGCAAGGGUGCCUACGGUGUGGUGAGGCUGGCCUACAACGAGAGUGAAGACAGACACUAUGCAAUGAAAGUUCUUUCCAAAAAGAAGUUACUGAAGCAGUAUGGCUUUCCUCGCCGUCCUCCCCCCAGAGGGUCUCAAGCUGCUCAGGGAGGACCAGCCAAGCAACUGCUGCCCCUGGAGCGUGUGUACCAGGAGAUUGCCAUCCUAAAGAAACUGGACCAUGUGAAUGUAGUCAAAUUGAUCGAGGUCCUGGAUGACCCUGCUGAGGACAAUCUCUAUUUGGUGUUUGACCUCCUGAGAAAGGGGCCGGUCAUGGAAGUGCCCUGUGACAAGCCUUUCCCGGAGGAGCAAGCUCGCCUCUACCUACGGGACAUCAUCCUGGGCCUCGAGUACUUGCACUGCCAGAAGAUCGUCCACAGGGACAUCAAGCCAUCCAAUAUACUCCUUGGGGACGAUGGGCAUGUGAAGAUUGCGGACUUUGGGGUCAGCAACCAGUUCGAGGGGAAUGAUGCUCAGCUAUCUAGCACAGCCGGGACCCCAGCAUUCAUGGCCCCUGAGGCCAUUUCUGAUUCUGGCCAGAGCUUCAGCGGGAAGGCGUUGGAUGUAUGGGCCACUGGGGUCACCUUGUAUUGCUUUGUCUAUGGGAAGUGCCCAUUCAUUGAUGAGUACAUCCUGGCCCUUCACAAGAAGAUCAAGAAUGAGGCCGUGGUGUUCCCUGAGGAGCCAGAGGUCAGCGAGGAACUAAAGGACCUGAUCCUGAAGAUGUUAGACAAGAACCCUGAAACAAGAAUUGGGGUGUCAGAUAUCAAGUUGCACCCUUGGGUGACUAAGCAUGGAGAGGAGCCCCUCCCUUCAGAGGAGGAGCACUGCAGUGUGGUGGAGGUGACUGAGGAGGAGGUGAAGAACUCAGUGAAACUGAUCCCCAGCUGGACCACUGUGAUUCUGGUCAAGUCCAUGCUGAGAAAGCGUUCCUUUGGAAACCCAUUCGAGCCCCAGGCACGCAGGGAAGAAAGAUCCAUGUCUGCACCGGGAAACUUACUGAUAAAAGAAGGAUGUGGAGAAGGGGGCAAGAGCCCGGAGCUUCCCGGAGUCCAGGAAGAUGAGGCUGCAUCCUGAGUCCCUGCAUGUGCCCAGGGCCAUCGUCAGCAUGCUCAUUCCGCGCCUCCAGAGGCCCACCGCCCUCAUGCAAUAGUUGCCCCUGCCGGCAGGGUCUGGGGACUGCAGCCCCUCUCCCAGCCCCCCUCCUCCAUUGUGCUGCAUGACCUGCGCACAGGCACAUUCAUGGACAGAAUUGGAAUGUGUAUCGUUUGGGACUUGGGGGUUCCCGGUUCUGUCUGUUCUGAUCCAUCUUGUGGGGAAGCCUGGAGCCCACAGAAUAUUAGAAACCCUACCUGACUGGCUGGUGAGGCCCGGGGCAGAAGGCAAGAGACCAAAAUGGCAGAUGAAGGCCUGGUGGGCUGCAUCUCAGAGAACUCCUAUAGGGCUAGUUGGGCCUGCCUAGCUGCCGCACCACAAGGAAGGGCGAUUGCCUCACCUCUGUGUGGAAGGUGCCGAGUGCUCGGCUACUCAGAGCUC